AUGCGUCGCUGCCACGUCAGAUCUCAACCAGGGGCUGGCGCGGGCGGCUUUGUCUUGAUACGUUUCGUCGUGCAGGUUUCGUCGUGUCUGCUUGCCCUCACAUUGCUCCCUCCUGCGCCUCUCAUAAUCCUCCUCGCCCGCUGCUCUUGCUCUCCCCGUCAGGUGCGGCGUUCUUCACGGCCGUCGCGUCUGCGCCAAUCUUCGCGCCGUUCCUCGCGGGUUCUUCAAGCCACGGCGGCGUUUCUACCCCCGCGGCGGUCAAGCCGAUGGUGUGGAAAGGGAGAACAGUCUGCCCGGCCAAUCCCGAUGCCAGUGAAGUACGUGGCAAAAUUCCGUCCCUCUACUCUCAAUAGGAAGGUGAUCGGCGACAAAGGUGCCUCGGGGAAAUACGUCAGAAAGAUUGUGAGGUACUCAGCAACAACAUACUAUUCCGAAAGCGUUAUUUCCAUCUUAACCAUAAAAACGGGAGGAAAAGAACCGAACAUACGUGUUGCAAAGUCCUGCACCGGAGCAUCCCAAGACAUCCCUGCACAGUGGACCAACAUCACAAGUGACAAGACAGGCCGCCGCAAGCGCUACAGCUUUGUGUUCACAUACAUUGAAGGGCUGUCAGAAUAA